UGUGUGUGUGUGCGCGCGCGCGUGUAGGUCCUCUUCAGUGCUGCUGCUGCUGCUGUGGAGCCUUGGAGGAGGAGGCGGUGGUCGUUUUAUUGAGCGGCCCGGCGGUGGAAGUUUCGCUGCAGGGGUGGGACUUUCUGUCUGCAGUCGGUCAGUCGGGGGUGAGCUGCGGAUCACACAGAAAUGCCUCUGGCAACAGCUUUCCAGACUCCAGCGAGUAGCAGCAUAAACAGACGGACACCUCCGAGUGGAAGAUAAACCUUCCUCCUCCUCCUCUUCUUCUUCUUCUUCAUCCCUCUGCUCCUCUUCUUCCUCCAGCUGGCCGCGUCUGAAAGCUUUCGGAUGCUCUGAAACUGGAGGAGUGUGAACGCCGUUUCCCUCCCCUCCUCCACCCCCGGGAUACAUAGACCGGUCCGACACCGGUGUCAUUGGAUGGAGAGAGGCGCCUGAAGAAGGGAGAGCGGUGGAGUUGGUCUACCCCCCUCCUCCUCCUCCUCUUCCUCCUCCUCCUCCUCCUCCUCCUUCUUCCCUACUGCACCAAAAGAAAACUCCGGGCUGGCUGCAGCACCAUGUCCUCGGCUCAAAGUGGGGAUAUAUCAGGCUACCAUCUGAGUGUGGUGCGUAACCCGCCUGGCUGGGAGGAGGGGAUCUACCUGGUGGGCUUCUUCGUGCUGCUGUGCGUGGCCGGGCUCAACAUCUGGAAGUUGUGGAAAUCUGGAACCUUCCCCGCACCGUCCCCCUUCCCCAACUUUGACUAUCGAUAUCUGCAAGAAAAAUAUGGAACCUCCUUCUCAGAAGUCAGACAAAAGCGAGUGGCUGCCAACAACCACCGGCGGACUUCCACCACCUCCAGCCGUAAACCCAGCCUGGCCCUCGGUGACACCCCGGACGGCUUCAGGGACCUGGGCCACCUGGAACUGAUGAGCAGGGAGCUGGACCCGACCGGCAUGGCCCAGCUUAACCGAUCCAUCUCCACCGAUUCACUCAGCUCCAUCUCCUCCAUCGCCAACAACUUUGGCCAUGACUUCACGGUCGGCCAGCUGGAGGUGACGCUCGAGUUUGAGCCGUCCAGACACGCGGGCCAGGGGACGGGAAUGCUCCAUAUCAGUCUGCACCAGGGCAAAGACCUGCUGGAGAGGGAGGAGGGAGACUUCCCCGGCUGCUUCAUCAGAGUCUCCCUUGGGCCAGAGGAGCUCAACGUGGGAGUCACAAGGGUCCAGACGAAUGCAUUCACCGUGAUUUUUGAUGAGCACUACUCCAUCCCCAUGGACUUGUCCACGCUGGAGGAGUACAGCCUGCGUUUCGCCGCUUUUGGUAUCGAUGCUGACGAGAGAAACAUCAGCGCUGGGGUAGCAGAUCUCAAGCUGUCAGACCUGGACCUAACCAUCAGACCAUUCAACGCCUGGCUCUACCUUCAAGAUGUCAACAAGGCUGUGGAUGCAGUUGGGGAGAUCCUGUUGUCUCUCAGCUAUUUGCCCACUGCAGAGCGCCUCACAGUGGUUGUGGCCAAGUGCAAGAACCUGCUGUGGACCAACGGCAAGAACACUGCAGAUCCGUUUGUCAAAGUGUAUCUCCUGCAAGACGGCAGGAAGAUCAGCAAGAAGAAGACUUCCACCAAAAGGGACGACACGAACCCCAUCUUCAAUGAAGCCAUGAUCUUCUCUGUGCCGUCCAUCGUUCUGCAGGAACUCUCCCUGAGGGUGACAGUGGCAGAGACCACAGACGACGGCCGGGGCGAGAACCUGGGUCACGUGAUCAUUGGCCCCGAGGCCAGCGGGAUGGGAAUCACCCACUGGAACCAGAUGCUGGCCACUCUGAGGAAGCCUGUGUCCAUGUGGCACCCUCUGCGGAGGAUCUAGUCCUCUUUGCACUCAUACAUACCCGACCUGUUUCAAGUAAAGCACUAGCUUCUUCACGUUCCUUUCACCUCUCCCCUUAUUUGGUGCCAUGCUCAAAUCCGUUACACUGUUUUAGUAUGAUAAGAGUUUUUGGCCCGCAUGAGGAUACUGUGUGCGCGCUAUGUGUCGCUCUGCUGAUGAGCAAUUGGAAUGAACACAUUAUCUUCAUGUAAGGAGGAGGAAUCUGAAAAGCUAGUGGUAAAAUAAACCUGUCUUUGGUAUUUGGCUUCACUCUGGCUUGGGUGCAUUAUGGGUGAGGGUGGCAUUUAGGAGGGAGCAGUGCUUAUCCCAAAUUACACACUAAAAGAAACUGAUGAGUUUUCAAAUGUCCCUUUGGCUUGAGAAUCAGGCUGAAUUCCAAUUCUCCACUGCAACAACAGCAAAGGAGACAUGAAUAUGUGGAUACUAUUUCCCUUCUCAAAAGAUCAUAAAUUUCAGUUUGAAGUGAGUUUUGAUUAACAAAAGGAGCCCAGCCUUGGCAGGCGUGACCCCUUCUCUGCAUGGUGCCUCCUCUGGUUGUAGCUGUCUAGAGAAUGACUGACUGGACAGAGGGGUGAAAUCGCUUCUCUUUCAGGAAAACACUCAUUUGUCUUUUCAAUCCAAUCAUUGAUUGCGCCUACUUGAUUUAUUUCGUAGCGGUUUUAGAGCCGAGUUGAGUUAGCUCUAUUGGAUUUGCUUGUGUAAUUUGUUAAAUGCGAGACUGACAAAUAAUAGAGGUUUUGGUAUGUUCAGUAUUUAUUGUGCUUUUGAAAAAAAAAUCCAGGUACUCUUAUCCAGGUAAAAUAAUUGUAAUUUGUAGCAGUUGUUACAGGGUGGCCAAAUCAGAUGUAAUUAGCAUAUAAAUAUCAUAUUACAUUGUUCUAUUUUUACCAUGACUAAUGCAAUACAAGUUGCAUAAGCAUAUUUAAUAGUGUAAAUAGUGUACUACAACGUUCUUUUCAUUGCCAUUUUUUUUCCUCUAAAUUCCGGGUGCAUAUCAUUUUGUUCAUAGUAUUACACUUUAAUAAGCAUCAAACUCCAAGUUAAUUUAUACAACACUAUAUUUAACACCAAUAUCAUUGCUGAUCAAUGAAUUAUUAUCAAACACCUCUGGGAAUUUAACUUGUGAUGUAAAGUAUACUAAACCCUUUAAAUGGGUUUACAGUUCCUUUUAUGUUAAAGGAAACACCUUGAUAUUCUGAAUUAAUCUGUAGUUGUUUUUCACCAGCCACUUGUCACACUCAUUUUAGCUGUUGUCAUUAAGAUACCUGCAAACUUCUUGUUAGCACUGAGGGUGUUCCUGGUUGAAACCAAGAGGAGCCACUUUGCUGCGUGAAGCUUGAAUGGUAAUAUUGCUAAAGUUUUUCAGUUAAAAUGAAGAUAAUGUGACAAGGGUCUUGUAAAAGUCAGAACGUCAAGGUGGCUUUUUAUCUGUCUGAGAUAUUCUCUACAACAUUGUGCAAUAGUGCUGUUUUGUUGUAACUUUUGAAUGUGAAUUACCAUGUGAAAUACCUGCUAACUCUAAAAGCAUCAUCCGCCUAAUGAAUUGUGAUUUUCAUUUUUUUCACGCAGGACCUACUCUACAUUUUUGGUCAAGUUUUGACUGCAUUCCUCACCUCACUUUGAAAAUCAAUCCAAAAAUAACCCACCUGUAGUCAUAUAAGACACAAUAUUUCCUACUGUGCCAAAUAAUGAAGCAAUAUUUUCAUUUACAAUCAGCAUUUGCAUUCGAUUCAACAAAGCUGUAGCCUACAUUUGACCAUGCAUGAAGUUAUUUAGCACUUGAUGUGAAUGUGCCUCAAGAAUACAGUGUAUUGUGUGAAUGCUGUUUGAAAUAAAAGCAAUUCAACAGUAA